GCUCACUUUGAACCGUAAACCUUCUGACAUUGCCCUUCAAACUGCCUAGGUAUCUAGAUAGGUUGCCCGUCACUUCAAGUUGCUUGAUUUAUAUAUCGUGAGAGACCGCGUCGACGUCCCUAUACGUCUUGCCCCGUGUUUCCUCUCUUUCUUUCCCCUUCUCUUUCUCUUUCUUCACUUAUCCCUUAUUUUCUUCCUUCUAUCUCCCCGGCUCACAUCCAAUCAGAGCUAGAGACCAAUGCUCGCUGGCCCCUUUUGACCUCAAGCUAGGAUAACUUUGAAAAUCAGUCAGGAGGCGUGAGGGGCCGCAUAUAGGUUUCGUUGCCAAAGUUCGCGUCCAGCGUCGGUUGGAUGGCCUAGCGUUCCAUUAUCCUGUCGAGCUGGCACGCAAGCAAUCAAAGCGCCGGCUAUUGGACUCGGCAUAAACUGGAGAGCCAUAGACCCUGGGAUACAAAGAAACUCGGCGAGGUUUGACGGGUCAGGCUGCGUUGGUUCCUUUAUGCUGAGUGCGGUUGAGGUCGUGCGACGUUCAGCGGCUUAGUCAUCAUGUUGACGUACAGAUCUGCUACUGCUACCUCCCCUUUGGCUCAAUCAUUCUUACGUGGUGCUUACGAUGCAGCACGACAUACUGGCUGUUCAAAGUUGUUGAAAUGUCCUGUAAGAUUUGACUCAGCACCAGCAAAAAUUUCGUCGUUGUCCAUCGUAGCGAGGGCGCGAAAAGGGCCGUUUGUACCAGGAGAUGCGCCAACAUACAGGGCAAACGGCGUGAAAUCGCAAAGUUUUAGAGAUAAGUUCGCAGCCACGGACUCGUUAAGGUUUUUAUCAAACACGACGGCAAGGUAUUUUGCUAAAGGGCAGGAUGAAGGGCGGGGGUCUCCAUCGGCACAACAAAUUUCAUCAGCAUCACAACCGCAACCGCAACCGAAGGGCAUCCGAAAGGUCUUGCCCUCCCUGACGGCACAUGAGAAUAUUUAUACUGUGCCGAAUAUUCUCACGUUUUCACGCCUCGUGGCUGCGCCCUUCAUCGGCUACGCCAUCCUCCACGACGCCCAUACGCUAGCGCUCGGCCUCUUCGCCUACGCAGGCGUGUCGGACCUUCUCGAUGGCUGGAUCGCGCGUCGCUGGAAGCUUCAGACUGUUGUCGGAAGCGUCGUUGACCCCAUGGCCGAUAAGCUUCUCAUGACCGUCCUGACUGUAUGUCUGGCCAUGCAGGGGUCAUUGCCUGUCUGGCUAGCAACUAUCAUUCUUGGCCGCGACGUGGGCCUCGGCAUAUCAGCCAUCUAUUACCGCUGGAUCUCACUGCCGCCCCCAAAGACGUUCACAAGAUACUGGGAUUUCUCACUACCAUCGGCUGAGGUGCGGCCUACAACUAUCAGCAAGUACAACACGUUCUUACAGCUCGGUCUUAUGGGCGCUACUAUGGUUGUACCUGUUGUGGCUGUGGAGGCUGGUAGUGCCAUGACUGUUUUUCAAUAUCUCGUAGCGACUACGACGGUGUGGAGCGGCCUAAGCUACGUGUUUAGCAAAGACGCAGUUAGAAUCCUUUCGGAAAAUAAAGAACGGAAACCGAAGGACCCCUAGAAUUUAUACACGUAUAGAUAUUAUUCAAGGGCUGUCUAGUCAUACGGGGAAAAAAGAGAAGAUUAAUAUCAACUGUCCCCAUUCAGUGACAGGUAAAGCCCUUGUUGCUAUCUGCAUAUUUUGUUACAAAUGCUUGUAUAUCCAACGAAUCC